CCGCAGUCGUCGUUCGGAUCUCGAUCGGGUCGGUUCUGUAAAGUGUUCGUAGGUAGAUUCGCGAGCACUAGUUCAAGCAUCGUUUAGUCCAUUCCGAACCGUUGAUAGGGAUGGUCUUUUUCUUAAUUUUUCUAUAUGAUUAUACAUAAUAUAAUUUUCUUUUGUAUAUUUAUCCACUUUUUUUGCAAUCGUAUGUGUUUAUCGAUUGUUCAUUCAUUCGUCUUUUUAAGAUAUUAACGAAACAGAAAGUGAAAAGACAGAGAAAAAAAGAAAAAGUAAUAUUAUCACAAUUCGAAUCAUCAUGGAUAGAUCAUCGAAAAUGAUUCUACGAAAAAUUAUUAUAGAUUUUGUAUGCAUUUUUAUUGUGAGCAUGACAGUGCUGAUGUUCUACCUAUUCGGUAAACCAUACAAACGUGGAUUCUUUUGCAAUGACGAGUCGUUAUAUCACCCGUUCCACGACUCGACUGUAACUAGUGCGAUGCUCUACGUUAUUGGUCUUUUACUUCCUAUAUGCACGAUGUUGGCAGGUGAAUAUCUUUAUGCAAGGUAUUCUAAUGCAGAUUCAACAAAGAUAUUAUUUGGCUACAACAUACCUCCAUGGAUAUGGAAUGUAUAUGAGAAGAUUGGCAUAUUUGGUUUUGGAGCAGCAACUACUGUUCUACUUACCGAUAUUGCCAAAUAUACGAUCGGACGAUUGAGACCACAUUUCAUGACUCUCUGUGAGCCCAACAUCAAUUGUAGCCUGAUUGAAAAUCAGCAUAGGUACAUUGAGAAUUAUUCUUGCAGUCAGAAUAUUUCGAAGAGUCUUCUAAAAGAGAUAAGAUUAUCUUUUCCCUCAGGACAUUCGUCGUUCUCGGCCUACACGAUGAUCUACCUUGCAAUGUAUUUACAAUUAAGGAUAACUUGGAAGGGUAGCAAACUGUUGAAACACUUCCUGCAACUCGUGUGUCUACUUAUGGCCUGGUUUACCGCAUUGUCGCGAGUUUCCGAUUACAAACAUCAUUGGAGCGAUGUUCUUGCCGGCUCGACCCUUGGCACUAUCACAGCGCUGGUCGUGGCAAACUUCGUUGCAGACCUGUUCAAAGAUCAGAAUCACUACUCAGUGGAGGAGAAACAUCGAACGACAGAUUACGAAACAGGCACCGGUACACAGAACGAAUUAACAACACUUCAAAGAGACGAAAUAUUUUACAAUGCAAUUGAAAGAAAUGAAGAAAAUAUUUAAGAACAUCAUGUGACAUAUUUAUUAAAGAAAUAAUUGUGAAAUCUAUUAUAUCACCUGGAAUGUUGGUGAAACAUAAAAGUCUUGAUCAAUUGGAAAUGGCAUUUUGUAAUUAAUAUUAUGUAUAAGUUUAUAUCUUUUGGUUCUAAUUGCACGCAUGGGAUAAUACAUAGUAAUUUCAUGAUGAGUUUGACUGGCAAAAAUAGCUGUAUUAUUUUCUAUAGGUUCUGCAAAUGCAUAUGCAAAAAUAAAAAUAUAAUAUUAGA